AUGCUUCAGUCAAUCGAAAACUUAGUAAGUCCAGAUGCUCUACCAAUACAAGAAACAUCAACUGAAUCUGAUGUUGCACAUAUGUUGUCAUUAAUGUUGCAAGUGCAAGUUGAACAAGAACAAGAUUCUGUUCAUGUACUUCCACAAUGUGAUCAAUUUCCCGAUUCUGACAGUCAAACCAUUAUUAAUGAUUUUGUAAAGUAA